CGGCGGUUCUGGCGCUUGGCUAUCCUUCUUUGCUGCCUCCUGCCUCCUGUUCACUUGCAACCCCGCCCUUUCGCUCCUUUACCCUCUCUGCGCGCCUCGCCCUCUCCACCACCAUGAGCCAGAUCGAACGCAUCACGGAGAACCUGGAGAAGCCAGAGCUGGAUGAUCGCUCCUAUCGCGUCAUCCGUCUGCCCAACAAGCUAGAGGCUCUCUUGGUCCAUGAUCCAGACUCCGAUAAAGCCAGUGCCGCCGUCAACGUCAAUGUCGGCAAUUUCUCAGACGACGAUGAUAUGCCGGGUAUGGCACAUGCGGUAGAGCAUCUGCUGUUCAUGGGCACCCACAAGUACCCCGUAGAAAAUGCCUACAAUCAAUUCCUCACAUCCCACUCGGGUUCAUCCAACGCAUACACAGCGUCCACCGAAACGAACUACUUCUUCGAGGUAUCUGCUACUUCGGAGUCCAGCGACCAGAAGUCGAGCGGCCAAUCUACUCCAACCGAGUCGACAGACGGUAGCAGCUUUGCCAGUAAUACGAACAGCACUGGCUCCUCCAGCGAUGGGGUGGGUCCCCUCUACGGCGCUCUGGAUCGCUUUGCUCAGUUCUUUGUCUCCCCGCUUUUCCUGGAGUCAACGCUGGAUCGCGAGCUGAAGGCGGUAGAUUCGGAAAACAAGAAGAACCUCCAGAGUGACUUGUGGCGUCUGAUGCAGCUGAACAAGUCUCUGUCUAACCCUAAACAUCCCUACCACCACUUUUCUACUGGAAACCUCCACACUCUAAAAGAGGAGCCCGAGAAGCGGGGUCUGGAUGUUCGUAGUGAAUUCAUCAAAUUCUAUGAGAAGCACUACUCCGCCAACCGGAUGAAACUCGCCGUUUUGGGACGGGAAUCGCUAGACGAGCUGGAACAAUGGGUUUCAGAGUUAUUCUCCCACGUGAAGAACAAGGAUCUUCCUCAGAAUCGCUGGGAUGGCAUCAGCCCCUUCUUAAAAGAGGACAUGUGUACUCAGGUGUUUGCCAAGCCUGUCAUGGAUACCAGAUCCAUGGACAUCUACUUUCCAUUCCUUGACGAGGAAUACUUGUACGAAUCCCACCCAAGCCGCUAUGUCAGCCAUCUACUUGGCCACGAGGGACCAGGCAGCAUCCUGGCUUAUAUCAAGGCGAAGGGCUGGGCAAAUGGACUCUCUGCUGGUGCCAUGCCAGUCUGUCCAGGGGCUGCGUUCUUCACUGUUUCUGUUCGUCUGACGAAGGAAGGACUCAAGCAACACCGUGAAGUUGCCAAGGUGAUUUUCGAAUACAUCUCCAUGAUCAAGGAGCGAGAGCCCGAACAGUGGAUCUUCGACGAGAUGAAGAAUCUGGCUGCCGUCGACUUCAGGUUCAAGCAGAAAACCCCAGCUAGUCGGUUCACCAGUAAACUGAGCAGUGUGAUGCAGAAACCGCUGCCCAGGGAAUGGCUGCUUAGCGAGAGUCUAUUUAGAAAGUUCAACCCCGAAAAGAUCAAGGAAGCCCUGUCGUACUUCCGAGCUGAUAAUUUCAGAAUCAUCAUUGUGGCCCCGGACUACCCCGGUGACUGGAACUGCAAGGAAAAAUGGUACGGAACGGAAUACAAGGUCGAGAAGGUUCCUGAAGACUUCCUGGCCGAUAUCCGCAAGGCGCUGAGCUCAACGCCAGAGACCAGGCUGCCUGAUUUGCACAUGCCCCAUAAGAACGAGUUCGUUCCGACUAGGCUGUCGGUGGAGAAGAAAGAGGUCGCCGAACCAGCCAAGACACCCAAGCUCAUCCGCCAUGAUGAUCGUGUGAGGCUUUGGUUCAAAAAAGAUGAUCGUUUCUGGGUCCCCAAGGCCACUGUGUAUGUCACUCUGCGAAACCCCCUGGUGUGGGCUACGCCUGCCAACCUGGUCAAGUCGAAGAUGUAUUGCGAAUUGGUGAGAGACGCGUUGGUUGAAUAUUCCUAUGAUGCCGAGCUUGCUGGUUUGGAUUAUCAUCUUUCCUCCAGUGUCUUUGGAUUAGACGUUUCAGUGGGCGGCUACAACGACAAAAUGUCCGUUCUUUUGGAGAAGGUCUUGACCAGCAUGCGUGAUUUGGUUGUUGACCCCGAUCGGUUCCAUGUAAUCAAGGAGCGCAUGGCCAGAGCGUACCACAAUUCUGAGUACCAACAGCCGUUCUACCAGGUUGGUGACUACACGCGGUAUCUGACGUCGGAGAAAACGUGGAUCAACGAGCAGUACGCCGCCGAGCUACCGCAUAUCGAGCCCGAGGAUGUUGCGGCCUUCUUCCCCCAGCUUCUGCAGCAGACCUACAUUGAAGUAUUGGCGCAUGGCAACCUGUAUAAGGAGGAUGCACUGAAAAUGACCGAUUCGGUGGAGGCGAUCCUGAAGAGUCGCCCCUUGCCCCAGUCUCAGUGGCAUGUGCGGCGCAAUUUGAUUAUUCCUCCCGGCGGCAACUUCGUGUAUGACCGGCUACUCAAAGAUCCUGCAAAUGUGAACCACUGUAUUGAAUACUACCUGUUUAUCGGAGGCUUUCCAGAUGAUGUUCUCCGAGCGAAGCUCCUGCUAUUUGCCCAGAUGACCGACGAACCUGCAUUUGACCAGCUUCGAAGCAAGGAACAGCUUGGAUACGUCGUCUGGAGCGGUGCACGCUACUCCGCUACUACUAUUGGAUACAGAGUCAUUAUCCAGAGCGAGCGCACGGCCAGGUAUCUGGAAACUCGCAUAGAUGCAUUCCUCACCAGGUUCGGAGAGACUUUGGAAGCGAUGAGGGAUGAGGAAUUCGAGGGUCACAAGCGCAGUGUGAUCAACAAGAGACUCGAGAAACUCAAGAAUCUUGGAUCCGAAACUGGCCGCUUCUGGUCCCACAUCGGCUCCGAGUAUUUUGACUUCCUGCAGCACGAGAAAGAUGCCGCGAAUGUUCGUGCGCUGAAUAAAUCCGACAUCGUUGACUUCUACAAGAAAUAUGUUGAUCCUCAAUCGCCCACCCGGGCCAAGCUGUCCGUUCAUCUUAACGCGCAGUCUGGUGCCCAUGAAGCUGCGACCGACCCGCAGGAACAGAAGUCCCGGCUGACCUCGCUGCUGGGAAAGCAGUUGGAAGACGCUGGAUUAACGGUCGAUACCGCCUGUCUUGGUGCUGCUUUUGAGAAGCCUGACGUGUCGAUUGAUGAUAAGGACAAGAUUCUGUCCAUUUUUGGUACAUUCCUCGUCUCGGAAUUGGGACUCUCUGAGCAGCAGGCCAAACCGGUGCUGGAGAAAGCUGAACAGAACCUUGGACAGCAGUUGAAUCAACUCGCCGUCACCUCUGUUGGGAAGGGCAGCGAGGAGAUGACCAACAGCUCCCACAGUAACGGUGUCGUGAAGCCCACGGAGCCCAGGAAGGUGACCUACAUUACGAAUGUUCCGGAAUUCAAGGCGCGCCUGGCAGUUAGCGCUGGACCCAGUCCGGUUACCGACCUUAGUGAGUUUGAGGAUUUUGAGCCCAAGCUUUAAUUCCGAUGCUGAUUGGAAAAGGCGUGUAUUCUUUCUAGCUGGUUGAAAAGACAUGAUUUCCUAUUUCCUUUGUCCCAUUCAUAGAUCUGGUACCAUGCGUUGGGAUACGGCGAGCGUUUUGGUUUUGGUAGACUCGGGGAUAGCUAUGCGUUGCUGUGUCACGUCAGUGUAAUGCAUGUACUGUAGAAAAGAAUCAUAGCAAUUAUCAUGGAUGAAGC